ACUGACAGGCAAGACCCACAAAGAUCCCCGUGGUUAGAUAAAGUGAAUGUGGACAGUUUCACUUGAGGCAGAUUUUGGCAAAACCCUAAGCGAGAGGUAGGUAGGUGGAAUCCAGCAGUUCCAACAAUAAAGAAAUGCAUGCAUUGAGAGGCUGAACACUCAUUUAACUUCUCUGCUGCUGGGUCGGGUUCCACUCGGGGAGGAGUUUCCUGUCUCUCCAAGCCAAUCGGAGCGUUCGGAAACAGGUCAGGUAGCUGAAGAGGACCUCAGAGAGAGCGCAAGGCAGGGCAGAGAAGCCACGCAUACUGGGAGGUCAGUGGACUCAUCGGGGGGAUUAUGUCCAAACCUUCGACCAACGUUAAGGCCCUGCAGGCUAAUUUGAACAUCCCGAUGGGAGCUCUGCGUCCAGGGGCGGGGCAUCCUGUCAAAAGGAGAGAGGAGACAGCAGAACCAGAAGAGGCUCCUUCACCAGACCCAACUUGCCAACCUGCAGCUCAGACACCAGAGGAGAAGAAAGCGUUGCCAGGUGCGGUGAAGCUACCUGGGCCUGCGGUGAAUCUAACAGAGCUGCAAAACGUCAAGAGUGAAUUACGAUGGGUCACCAAGGAUUAACAUGAUCUUCCUGCCAGACGACGAGGACGAUUAUCUUCAUGGACACAGAUUUGCCCACCGCUGCUGAAGACUAGCAAAAUCUCCAAACUCAACAUGUUUGGAAACACUGAAAGUCUCUGAAGCUCGACUUUUGUAAACUCUCUUCCAAUCAGUAAUACAGCAUUAAAAGUUUGUCUAUCACUAGGGGUGGAUGCUGUUUUGUCACUAAAUCCAGAAUUUAAUUUUAUUUUGUACAAAAAUUUGUUUCUGCUACAGAUAAGGCUUCAUUUUACUUCUGCGAUGUGUUUUCUUUUUUGAGUGUGUUUUUUAAAGGUGCUUUCAAUUGGAUGGUUAGAAGGAAAUAAAUUCAAAGAUUAUCAUGAACUUCCCAAAAACAAAACUUUUAAAUUCAGUGUAGAAGAACUUGUACACACAUCAGCUGUUCAACUUUAAUUUAUAUGGAUGCUUUCUGAUAAGUGAUUUCUUUCUAAAUGUUCUUCAUACAGCUGACUGUUUGGGUUAAAGAAUAAUGUUUAUGCUUUUCAGAUGGAAAAUGUGUUAUGUUUGUUUAAUGUUGUUACAAUUCCCAUAAAAUUUAAAUAUUGCAAUAAAUCCAACAAAGUCCAAA